GGCCCCGGCCCCGUUACUUGCCGUGGCUCCUCCUCUCGUCGCUUGGUUGCAGCGCCGCUUCCGUCCGUCGGGGCCGUCAUGGCGGCAGCCGCCUUCUCCUCGUCCUCCUCCGUGCUGCGCCCGGGCUUGGCGCCUCUGAGGCGAUGGCGAGCCCUCUCGCUACCGGCUCCACGGGCCGCUUGUAGCACCAGCAGCUCCCCUCGCAGCGCUGCCAGUGAUGAAGCAACCAUUAUCUCAGGGACAAAACUUGCUAAACAAGUAUUGAAAGAAGUUCAAAGGGAUGUAGAAUCAUGGAUGUCCCUUGGUAACAAGAGACCACAUCUCACUGUCAUAUUAGUAGGAGACAAUCCAGCUAGUCAUAUUUAUGUCAGAAACAAGAUAAAAGCAGCAGCAGCUGUAGGCAUUUCGAGUGAGAUCAUACUGAGGCCUAAAGAUAUUUCUCAGGAAGAACUCCUAGAUAUGACUGCAAAACUCAACAAGGAUCCAACAGUUAGUGGUUUAUUAGUUCAGCUACCUCUCCCAGGUCACAUAGAUGAACGAGCCAUCUGUAACGCCAUCGCUCCUGAAAAGGAUGUGGAUGGAUUUCACAUCAUGAAUGUCGGGCGUCUGUGUCUGGAUCAGCCUUCUGUAAUCCCUGCCACUGCUGCUGCUGUCUGGGAGAUCAUCAAACGCACAGGAAUACAGACAUUUGGAAAAAAUGUUGUUGUAGCUGGAAGAUCUAAGAAUGUUGGAAUGCCUAUUUCAAUGCUUUUACAUACUGAUGGAGAGCAUGAAAGGCCUGGAGGUGAUGCUACAGUGACCAUUACUCACAGAUACACACCCAAAGAGCAGCUCAAGAUCCAUACCCAACUCGCUGACAUUGUUAUAGUAGCUGCAGGUAUCCCAAAGUUGAUUACAACUGAUAUGGUCAAAGAAGGUGCAGCUGUGAUUGAUGUAGGCAUCAACCAUAUCCACGAUCCUCUUACAGGAAAGACCAAAUUAGUUGGGGAUGUGGACUUUGAAGCAAUGGGGGCACUGAGUGAAGAGUCAGCUGUUACUGUGUCAUCCCUCAGCGCGGACUUAUGGAAUAACUGGACAAAAAACAACACUGAAGUAGACUACACAGAGCAGCCAAAGCUCUUGAAGCUCAUGCAGACCUGUCUGGAAGAACACCACAGCUAUUGUAUCAAUGGGCUCUGCGCCUUCCACAGUGAGCUGAGGAAACCCAUAUGCAAGUGCCUUGCAGGCUAUAAUGGAGAGAGGUGUGAGCAUUUAACACUGAAUUCCUACGCACAUAACUCUUACGAGCGCUACAUUGCUGUGGGGAUUGGUGUGGGAAUUCUGACAAGUGGGAUACUUGCUAUCAUCUACUGCUACGUCAGAAAGAGAUGCAGGAAAUUGAAAUCACCUUACAAAGUCUGCAUGGGCGAGACAGCGUUGUGAAGGUCUGGCGUUGGAACACUCACCAAUUUGCCUGUAAAGGAGAAGAAGCUCUGCUGGGAAGGCCACCCCGUGCCACCUGGCAGGGCCCCCAGCCUGGCUGAGGAGAUGGGAUGAAGGGAAUGGCAGAGCGAGUACGUAAAAGGGACUCCUGCAGGACUGAUGGGCUCUGCUCACUUGUGAAGAAAGACUUCUUCCUUUUAGUAAAGGUUGCUCCAUGCACAGCUCCAGAAGCUGAGGAUACUUGCAGCCCUCUCAACACUCUCCUGUGGUUGGUACUUGCUGAGGGGAGGACUGGUUGGUUUCGGCUGCUUUCAGUCAUUUCAAGCCCUAGUACAGUGUUGUCUCUUUUGUUUUGAUUUUUUUCUUCUUUGUUUUUCUCCUCUGGAGGAAAAGCACAACCUGUCUCACAGUGGAGUUGUGCUCUGAACAUCAUGUGCUGAUAAGAAACCAUUUGGGUUCUGAUUUCAGUGUCUGCUGCCUUGUGUGUGGGCAAACAGCCCUCUUCCAGCACAGCAGUUAUCUCCAGUGUGCCAAACAAUGUACAGACUUCUCUUGCCAUAAAGGACAAAACCAUAAAGUGCUCUGGACUGAGGAAAAUGGAUGGUUCUCAAAAGCUCACUUAAACUUAGCAAUAGGGAGGAAGCAAUUCCUGGAAAAUUAGAUCAUGACACCUCUAGGCAUGGCAAGUUCUUACUGUUUUCAUAAGCAAAGGAAUCGAACCUCCUCCAGUAGAUGGAUUGUUGGGUGUGCUCAUGACAAAGAACUCUGCCCUGACUGACAUCCUACAGCAGCUCCUCAGAUGCCUGGAACGUCAGGCAGAGCACCACCUCUUGCUGCACUGUGAUUUCAGCACAAGACCUCAUUUGCUAGAGAAGGUGGAAUUUUGUUAUGUAACUUGAGCAUACCUUUGGCCAGGAAGCAGGCUGUUCUCUUCUCACAUUGUGUGCACAGUGUCACCACUCAAGUAAGAAAGCAAUGAUCACAGGGAUUUAUUUCCAUCCUGGAAAAAAAAAAUUACAUUCCAGAUGCUUGUUUUUUCUUCAUCUUGUCUACCAAGAAUUGCAAAGGUAAAAAGGUUUUGUUCAAGGAAAAGGAAAGAAAAUUCAUUAUCAAGUUGUUAGGACUAACUGUGACUUCCCUCUGACAGUUGGAGUCUUUGCCAGUGCUGAUGAGACUGGAGAUGGCUCUAGGAGUUCUUCAUUUCAGCUCUUGCACGUUGUAGAUGCAUCUGCUCUGCUUAGCCAUCUGUGAGAAAAGGGCAGUCAGGUACUUGGCAGUUUUAUGGAGCGAUACAGGCUCCUAAAUCUAGGUGUCCUGCUGCAAAGUUCCAUUUCUUUGUUAAUGUGAGUUAUUUUCACAACUGGAUGCUUGUUGUUUGUUGAAAACACCCUGUGUAUUUGUGAGACCACAAUGAUAAUGCUGGAAUGUGUAUGAAAAACUGGAUUUGGAAAGGGUAAUGUACAUUUGGCACUCGAGUGGUCUGAAGUUUAGUGGGCUUCUCACACAGGGGGAUCCUGGUCAGUAGCUGAGUCAUCUCGACUCCCCUUUUGAUACCAAUAAAUAAAACAUGUCACACACUGGCUGGAGUCCCUGUGCAACAGAUUGGAGCAAGAAGCAUGUGUACACACAAGA